UAUUAAAAUUUUAUUACUGUUUUAAGCGUGUUUUAUAGACUGGUUGAGCAAUAUAUUAAAUUAACAACCAGUUCGAACCUGCUGAAUGUCACAGUUGCGUUUAUACAUCCUACGCAUUAAUCACACGUGCUAUAUGCUGGGAUGUUGGCAUUUCGUGUUUUGUCUAAACCUGACUUUUAGCGACAUUAGCGGCAGUUUUGCAAACUUGCGUUGCACCUAAUUGUGCUAUGCUGUUUUGCUCCAGGAACUUGAUUUCUUAGCAGUUAAUUGUGGCGUAUUGGUACUGACAAAUGAGUAGUGGUAGAAGUGCGUGGCGUUGAAACGAGGUUAUUUUCCUUACUUCAUUACUUCAGCAGUUAAUGUAAUUCAAAUUAAGUUUUCUCUGAUACGUGGCGUGUCAUAGAACAGUUUAAGUAAAAUGACGUAUGUUUUCAUACCAACUUGUACAAUAUUUCUUUGUUCAGUUUUCGAUUUGGCAAGUGAGUGUGUUGUCCAACUAACUUACAGAAUAAUAGAUGUUCGCGCGGAGAGGCUAUUGCGUCCAGACACAAUGUGCUUAUAUGCAGAGACCACAAAAGCUGGAAACGGCAGUCAGUCCACUGCUUGCUAACAUGAAUGGUCCCUCGAAUUUAAACUACAGUACCGAAGAUUUCCUCAAUAGUGGCUGUAUUUAUGAACUCACCGCUGGACGGUGUUUUGAGCGAUAUGAUUCGCGCUCACUGCAGCAUCCCAUACAUCAGGACGAGAUUCUCCCUGUGGGUCCAGGACGUUUCUCAUCUGGUGGACUUCAAGCCUUCCACGGACAUCACCUAAAGGACGAAGGACAUGUGGUGCAGGGCGGUGAUCCGGGGUCCGACUUACAGGCGCACAGUUCCGUCCACCUACUGUUGUUCGUAAUAGACGUCACACACCCUGAAGACAUGGCUCCCUCACCCAACACUGUUAUCCGGGAGCAGGUGUGCAUUGUGUACUCAACUACAACAGAGGAAAUUGACUGUGACUGGAAAACCUUAAUUAUUAAGAUUUAGGCUAGUCUGUUAAAAUUGAUCUUAGGGAAACAGCUUAAAAGACGUGAACUGAACUGUCUCAAUACAUGGUCCAAUUGUGGAUCAACCUUCCGGGUCUCCUAAAACCUAAGACGGAAGAAGCAGGGAUUUGAGAAAGCUUCAACCAAAUGGUACUAGAAUAAUGAAAUCAAGGAAAGUGAGAUGGGCGGGACAUGUAGCACUCGUGGGAGAGAUGAUAAAUACAUAGGCCUACACAAUUUUAUAGGAGAACCUGAAGUAAAGGGACCAGCUUGGAUACCUAGGCACAGGCUAUGCGGAAAAAUGAUAUUAAAAUGCAUCUUAAAGAAGUGGAGUGUGAGGAUGUGGACUGGAUUGAUCUGGCUAAGAAUAGAGACCAUUGAUGGCCCUUAUGGACAUAGCCCAGUGGCGCGAUUUUAUAAACACGAUAAUGAAGUAUUGGAUUUCAUGAAAGUGUAGCAUUUUUUGUAAGAGGGCUGAGAACGUUACAUAAUUAAUCACUUCCUAAUGUACUCCUUUCGUCUGCUGUUGUUACGGUAAUUAAAGCACGGAGCAUGCACGAGCCGGACAUGUAGCACGCAUUGGAGAAAUGAGAUAUACAUACUGCACUUUUGGGGGAAACCUCAUAGGAAGGGAUGGCUUUGGGGUAGCCCUAGGCGUGGAAUCUACAAAAAUUGUAAACUGAAUUAAAGACAUAUUGCAGGAAUUGGAUUAAAAUUGUUUAUAAUAUGGCCCAAUGGCGAGCUUUUGUGAAUGUGGUCAUGAAAAUUCUAAUUCCAUACUAGAGUAAAAGCAGGGAAAUAUCUUCACGAGCUGAGUGAGUAACUGCCAUUUGUUUAGGAAAUACCGUGGACUGUGACUUUGAUUGUUGUUUCGUUUGUAAGUUACUAAGUUGGUAAGAUUGUCGAUUAAGUGACUGGUUACGUUGUUGAUUACUUAGAUAACAGCUCAGUUGAUUAGUUAGUUCAGUAGCUGGUAACAGUCAGGAUUUCCUGUACUGGACAGAAUUAUGACUGAUGAAGAUGGCUGUCUUCUGGGAUGGUGUGCCGUGUAGUCUGAUGAUCCCUGGUGAUGGAGACAGUAAGUCCCUCUAAUUUCUACCCGGCUACAAGGCGCAACAUUCCAGAAUACGGUCAUCAUCAGUUUCAUCGAAGUGAGAACUAGAAUUCGCACUUAUUAUUUAUGGUUACUGGUUGUUACCUCAAGGAGUUAAGUUUGGUGAAAUUGAAGAGACUUGUACCUGCGUUUUCGUAAUAGGAUGUCCAUUUAGCACAAACAGAGCCUGUGGUCAUUCGACAUGAUACCUGCUGCCGCUCGAAAUUUUCCCAUACCUCUCUGAAAUUUGGAGUCGUACCAUCGUCUGCACAGGGGAAAAAAUAUCUUAAUUCAAGUGUAAAUAUUUGCCUCGGCAUACGUCUUGUAUUUUUAUAAAAACGAAUAUCUAACUUGGGAGCGACACAAGCGCAGAACAUAAAGCUCUCGGUAAGGUUAUAUUUUAGAACGCAAAAUAAAUCUGGCGCCCUCACGAAAAUUACAUUUAGCUUUCUGUUUGAUGACUGUAUGAUAUGAACUAUUGGAGAAGCUGGACUUGUAAAAUUUUGUAAAUGUACCAACAAAUUUAAUAUAAAACAUUUCUUGGUUCAUUAAAUUAUACAAACAUA